AUGGCAGUCUCAAGAAAUGAACCGCGGAUCAAUCUGGUUCGCAUUGCGCAUGUCUUCUACACCCAUAAGGAUAUUGAUAGCGCCCAUCAAUUCCUCCUGGACUUUGGAUUCCAGGAAGUCAAGCGAGUGGAUAAGGAUAUCUAUUAUCGUGGCACUAGCUCUGAGCCAUUUGUGUAUUGUGCGCGACAAGGCGACGAAGAUGGAUUUGGAGGCGCAGCCUUCGUUGUUGAAUCCGAAUCGGAUCUUCUUGCGGCGACAAAGCUUCCUGAGGCGACUGGAAUCUACGAUUUAAGAAAUGCACCCGGGGGUGGUCGCUGCGUCACUUUCCAUGACCCCAUCGACAAGUUCCCAUUUCAUCUUGUCCAUGGACAAAAGCCGUAUGCCGAUGAGAAGGUGCUUCCACAGCUUGAUUUCAAUUUUCCAACGGACAAACACCGACCAGGUAACAAAACCCAACGAUUUGAAAAGGGCCCUGCCCCAGUGCACAAAUUAGGCCAUUUCGGAAUGUGUGUCACCGAUUUUGCGAAGGUGUUUAAGUUCUAUACGACGCGAUUCAACUUCAAACCGAGUGAUGUUAGAUUCUUCCCGUUGAUUCAUGAUUCUAUGGGAAGAGAUAUAACCACCUUUCUCCAUUUGGACCGUGGCUCUGAGUUGGUCGACCACCAUUGCUUCUUCUUCUUUGAAGGUCCUAAAUCACACGUUCACCACUCAUCAUUCGAGACGCAUGACUUUGAUACUCAAGUGCUGGGUCAUGACUGGCUCCGCAGUAAGGGGUAUGAGAACUGCUGGGGCGUUGGACGUCAUAUCAUGGGUAGUCAGAUCUUUGAUUACUGGUUUGACACCUCUCGUUUCAUUAUCGAGCAUUACGUAGAUGGUGAUUUGGUAAAUGACCAACAACGGACGAAUCGAUCCCUUGCCACACCGGAUAAUUUGCACGUUUGGGGGCCGGACCUUCCUCCCACCUUUCUACACUAG